UGUGCAAAUGACCCUGAAUCUGAUAAAAGCCAUAGCUGUGAGAAUCCAUUGAAAAACACACUACACUACUACCGCUUUGGUAGUUCAUUGUUUCAUGCCAACACGAAUAAAUCUUCAUUCUCAUUCUCACUAUCAAAUCUUCAAUUCUCUAUCGAUCAAACUAACUCUCUUCACGAUCCAUGGCCUGGAACGCCAAUGCUGAUCAGCCAGAUGGUAUUGCCGCCGGCACCGAUUCCGGUCAUAACGCCGUGCUAUUUCGUUCGAUUAAUGAUCAGAUUCGCUUCAAACGGAACCCUAAUCCUGUUAAAACCGCCGCAUACGAAGAAGAACAAGAAGAUAAGGAUCGGUCCAGAGUCACCGCUGCUUCAGAUCGGCAAUGGCGAGCUGGAAGGUCACAUCAUCACGGUCGAUCUUCCUCCUCUAGGAGAUUCCUCUUGUUUCCUUGUAGAGGCAGGUCAAUGUUCUACUUCUGCAUUUUCUUUGCGGUAUUCUCCUUUGCGCUUGCUUCUAUGGUGCUGCAGAGUUCUAUUGCGUCGGUAUUUCGUGCUGGGACCGAGACAGGGAAGACGGUUCGUCAAGGGUUGAAGUAUGGAAGUUCGUUGAGAUUUGUGCAGGAGAGGUUUAGUCGGCAACUUAGUCAGGAUUUGUUGAGAAAUGAGCCUAGGUCUGGCCUCCGGCCACCACGACUUGGACUAGUGUUAGGAAACAUGAAAGAAGAUCCAUCAGCAUUGUUGCUGUUCACAGUGAUGAAGAAUUUGCAGAGACUUGGUUACAUGGUUAAGAUCUUUGCGGUGGAGGAUGGAAAAGCACGCUCAUUUUGGGAGAAAAUAGGAGGCCGUAUCUCAAUCAUACCUCAUGAGGGAGAACACAACAUUGAUUGGUCAAUGUUUCAAGGUAUAAUUGCAGAUUCAAUUGAAGUAAAAGAUGUUAUUUCUAGCCUCAUGCAGGAGCCUUUUUGUUCUAUCCCUCUUAUAUGGACAAUUCAUGAAGAUGCCCUUGCAAACCGUCUUCUAGUUUACAAGGAAAGGGGAUGGGAACAUCUUGUUUCCUAUUGGAAAAACACUUUUAGCAGGGCUGACGUUGUGGUGUUUCCAGAUUAUUCUCUUCCGAUGUUAUAUAGUGAGCUUGAUACCGGGAACUUCUUUGUGAUUCCGGGAUCACCUAUUGAUUUCUGGGUUUCAGAAAGCUACAGUAAAACCCACUCAAAGAUCCAUUUAAGAAAAGAAUAUGGAUUCAGUGAAGAUGAUAUGUUGGUCCUAGUUAUUGGAAGUGCAUUCUUCUACAAUGAGCUAUCUUGGGACUAUGCAGUUGCGUUGCAUGAUAUAGGCCCCCUUCUAAUCAAAUAUGCAAGGGAAAAAGAUUCCGGAGAUGCAUUUAAGUUCAUCUUCCUGUGUGGAAAUUCCUCGGGUGAAUAUGUUUAUGAUUUACAGGAAUUAACUAGUCAUUUAGGAAUCCCACGCGGAUCUGUAAGACAUUAUGGCUUCAGUGAUGAUGUGAAUGGGUUGUUAAUGAUGUCGGAUAUUGUGCUGUAUGGUUCAUCCCAAGAUGAACAAGGAUUUCCUUCACUAGUACUCCGUGCUUUGUCAUAUGGAGUUCCUGUUGUUGCACCAGACUAUCCCAACAUAAAAAAAUAUGUUUUUAAUGGAGUACAUGGGUUGGUAUAUCCAAAGCAUGAUGCUGAAGCACUAAAAAAAGCUUUUUCACGGUUAAUAUCUAAUGGAAAGCUUUCUAAAUUUGCUCACUCAGUAGCCUCUUCUGGGAAACUGUUGGCUAGAAACAUGCAGGCAUUGGAUUAUAUUGCCACAUUUGCAAAACUAUUGGAGGAUACUCUCACUUAUCCAUCAUAUAUUCGACUUCCAAGUCAGAUUUCUCAGCUCAAAGGAGUGGGAUGGGAAUGGAACUUUUUCAGCAUGGAAAUGGAACAGAGUCUUGGUAGCAAUGGAACUUGGGAUGAGAAUAGUACUAAUAUGAAAAAUGCGAAUUAUAUAUACCAGAUUGAGGAAGAGCUUAACAGACUGAUUGGAAACAGCGCCUCUCUGAAUGAAACUGAUAUAGCGAAUGAUUUUCCCACUGAAUUGGAUUGGAGUAUUUUGACUGAAAUAGAAACCAUGGAUGAAGUAGAAAGGCUGGAAAGGGAGGAGAUAGAGGGAAGGAUGGAGAAGGAUUCUGGUGUUUGGGAUGAUAUAUAUCGUAAUGCUCGAAAGUCUGAGAAGAUUAGGUUUGAAUCAAAUGAAAGGGAUGAAGGAGAACUUGAACGAACAGGACAACCCUUGUCCAUAUAUGAAAUAUAUGAUGGUGAAGGUGCCUGGCCAUUUUUACACCAUGGCUCUUUAUACCGUGGGUUAAGCCUUUCUACCAGGACAAGGAGGUUGAGGUCAGACGAUAUUGAUGCUGUUGGAAGGCUACCCAUCUUGAACAACUCGUACUACAAGGAUAUUCUGUGUGAGAUGGGAGGCAUGUUUGCCAUGGCUAACAGUGUGGAUAAUAUCCACAAGCGACCAUGGAUUGGGUUCCAAUCAUGGCAUGCAGCUGGUAAGAAGGCUUCCUUGUCUCCAAAAGCAGAACAAGUGUUGGGAGAAUUGAUACAAAAGGAAAGUAAAGGAGAUGUGAUAUACUUUUGGUCGCAGUUGGACAUGGCUUCAGGACUUCCAGGGAAUAACGGCGUUACCUCAUUUUGGUCCAUGUGUGAUAUCCUAAAUGGUGGAAACUGCAGAACUACUUUUGGAGAUGCCUUCCGACGGAUGUAUGGUCUGUCAUUAUAUGUUGACACUCUUCCUCCUAUGCCUGAAGAUGGAGAUCAGUGGUCUUCUCUACAUAGCUGGGUGAUGCCAACUCCUUCAUUUCUAGAGUUCAUAAUGUUUUCCAGGAUGUUUGCUGAUUCUCUCAAUGAGCUGCACAAUAAUAAUUCAAGUGAAAUCUCCCAUUGUAUACUGGGGUCCUCCAACAUUGAGAGAAAACAUUGUUACUGCCGGAUACUGGAAGUGUUGGUUAAUGUUUGGGCAUACCAUAGUGGUAGGAAAAUGGUAUACAUUGAGCCACAUUCUGGUAUACUUAAAGAGCAGCAUGCAAUAGAGAAGCGUAAAGGACAAAUGUGGACAAAGUUCUUCAAUUUGACGUUAUUAAAGAGUAUGGACGAAGACCUAGCAGAGGCUGCAGACGACAACGAUUAUCCUUCUUCUUCUUCUUCUUCUUCUUCUUCUUCGAUGUGGUUGUGGCCCUUAACCGGCGAAGUUUAUUGGCAAGGUAUAUAUGAAAGAGAGAGAGAAGAAAGAUAUAGGCUUAAAAUGGACAAGAAGAGGAAAACAAGAGAGAAACUCUUUGAAAGAAUGAAAUAUGGAUAUAGACAGAAGUCCCUUGGAAGAAGAUAAACAAUGGAGUUGUAGUUUUGAAGAAGAAGAAGAAGAAGAGAGAUUUGGUGUCGAAAAGGCAUUUAUAAUUUUGUUGUUUUUAGAGGAGGAGGGAAUUAGCAGAGAAUUGCAAUUCUUUAUGGACAAUGUAAUGUACAUACACAACAAAUAUAGAAUAUUCUUUUCUUUUGCCUUUUUUAUGUGCA